AAAAAAAUAUACAGAUAUUUUAGAUACUUUUUUUGAAUGAAUUAGGAUUAACUUAAUUAGUUGAUAUUAAAUAAGAAAGAACUCAAGAAAAAAAAAGAAGAAUAGCAAUAAAAUGAAAAAAAAAUAAAGUAGAGAAUCUGCUCAAACAAUAAUGCCAAGAAAAAACUUAAUAUUAAUAAUUUUAAUAAGCCUAAUAAAAAAUAAUAAUAAUAAAGUAGAUAUUAAAAAAGGUUAGAAGGUAAAGGCAAAAGAAACUUUAGUAUACAACAUAUAAAGUUGAUAAAGAAAAGUGAGAGAAAUAUAAUUAUUUUGAGAAUGUGAGAAAUAAGAUAUAAGAAAAGAGAAACAAAAAAUCUAAAAAGAAC